AUGACGACACAGAGGCAGGGGACGAGGCCAAAGGGCAAGAGAGGAGAACCAGAGGAUGGAAAGGGAAGGGCGCUGCCGCGACUUAGACAUGCCCACAUGCCGGACAGCCUUCCCUGCGCGUACGACUUGGCCGGCCACUCUUAUUUCUUCUGUGUCUACUGGCCUUCCAAGCCUAGCUUUGUGGCAUCAUCGUCGGCACCCAGUACCUGGACCCGCGGGGCCAGCCAGCGCGGCCGUUGA